CAUCAGUUCCUCUCAAGUCACAGUUCAACAUCAAAGUACCCCAUUUGCUAUACCUCACUUGUUCACGAUGCGCUUCCAACUCGCCCACAUCUUCUGUUUGCUCGGCGCUGCCGAGGCCAUCGCUAUUGGUAGUCCCGAGAAAGACUACGCCCUGCUCUCAAAGGAUGUCGCAGCUCCUCUCGACCGCCGCACCGACAUCGAAGUCGCCGCCGGCUUCGUCAGCAACGGCGCAACCGCCACUCUGGCCAUCGUCUCCAUCGCCAACUACCUCGCCGUCUACAUCAAAGGCCAAUCCGACGUCAACAGCUGCUCCGUAAUCUCUGGAAACGUCGACGGCGCUGCGUGGCAAUACUACGCGACAACUUCUGGUCCGAAGUGCGACACUACGUCUGAGUCGAAGACGAUUAGGAAUGCGGUGGAGCGCGAGCUUAAGUGGAUGCAGGAGAAUGGGUAUGAUGCUGCUUGUUUCAAGAUGGAUCAUGGGGGUACUUGGGAGGGGCAUCUCAAGAUUGCGUUUAAUGGAAAGCCGAUUGCGAGUGACACGCAGUGCAAUGCUGUCAAGUAUGUUGGGCUGUAGAUGCGUUGUAUAGUGGUUGGGAUGGAGAGCAGAAUUGGUAGUAUGGGCUUUUGUAGAAGCUAUCAUCGAUCUCGUUCUGGGUAGAAGAAGUUUGACGGUCACAAUAGAAUACGCGAAGUCGUCGGAGUUAGACAAUAUGCCGACGGCUGCUACUGAGCAAGUCUAAAGAAGGGCAUGUGUUUAAGGGAGUGCGCAAGACACUCUAUUAGUAGUUGUUGUGUAGCUAGAUCUUUAAAUGCUAGACACGCGGACAAGCACUUUUAAAGCAUAGACUGUAUAGUGAAACUCUAGACCUAGCGUAUG